GAGAUAAUUUUCGCAAUUUCGUUUUGUUGACAUCCUAGAGUUAUGCCAUUUCGUCUUGGAUGACAUUGUCUCGUACUAGUGUAGAGACGAAAAUAUCCAAUCAGCUACAAGCUUCGAGUUGGCGCAAAAAAAGUUUCCGUGUCUGAACAUCGACUAAGCAACUCAGCUGACUAGCAGCUGUCAUUCUUUAUUUGAGUCUUUUGGAGAUUCGUUUGCUGCUUUUGGGUCAUCCUUGCUUUUGGUGCGUGUUGUGUAAAAAGCUGAAAAUUCCAAGUUAUAAAUUCCGGUUCUAUUCAUAAUAAAAUGGCGGCACCAAAAACAUAUAACCUGGAAGCUGUGAAGCAGCAUAAUACUCCAGAUGAUCUCUGGAUAGUCAUCGAGGGAAAAGUGUAUGAUGUGACAAAAUUCCGAAACGAGCAUCCUGGAGGCGAAGAAACGCUGGACGAAGUGGCUGGUCGCGACGCAACACGUGAUUUCCUGGAUGUGGGGCAUAGCCAAGAGGCGAGGCAAAUACUGAAAAAGUACUACAUUGGUGAUCUGGAGGCCAGCGACUGGACAAGUAAAUUACCAGUAAGCACGCCAUCAGUGUCACCUACAACACCAACACCACCAAGCCAGUCGGCAAUAAUUACGCCGGAAGCGACGGCCACGCCCACUGUUGGCAAAGAAGUUGUUGCACCGCCAGAAAAGCAAUGUUGCACGCUCGCUUAAAUCCGAUCGCAUGAACUAUCUGCUUAAUCUUUAAAUGAAACCAGUUUUCGAAUUGCUCUAAAAAUUUAUGUAUAUGUUAUAACACUUUACAAGAACUUAACGCAUUUUUUAAACUCAAUGUGU